CCUUGGAAAACACUAUAUAUAAAUGGUCCAGUCUUUUGAAACAACAAAAUAAUUGUGUGAAUCAUAGCUGAUAGUCUUUGAUUAAAUAAAUGGGUAAUUAUGACUACAAGAUUCCACUCUUUUUUUAUAAGUUGUCCAAUGCAGCAAUUUUUAUAUAUAUAUAUAUAUAUAUAUUUUUAGUACAACUAAAAUAGUACAACUGAAAUUUGGCAUCCUAUAAAAAAAUACUAUACCAUUGACAGAAUAGUGCUAAUGCUGCAAUAAUGUUGUUGUUAUGAUAAAUAUUUCCAGCAAGUAAAUGAUGGCUUCCUCCUUUUCUCCAUUGAUAUUCCCAGCAGAAGAAUGGCAUUCUAAAGAGACUGUGAUCAAUCAACUAAUCCACUUCCAUAAGAAGCUUGCAAAAACACCUAAUCUAGAGGAAGCAAAAAAACAGAAUAAUGCACAUAUCGACGAUUUGAAGUCGUUUCUCAAAAAAGAAGGUUUGUGCAAGUACGUUGAUUAUACCGGCUCUGCAUACGAGGGAGUGAAAACAACUGAGGGGGAGUUGGAGUUUGACAUAAUGUUUGUAGCCGAUGGAAACGAUUUAGAAUUUACACCACUGCCAACUGAAGAUGGCUAUGUCUACAUUCACAAUAAAACCGGACUGAGUAGUUUGAGCAAAUUUGCAGACAAGAAUAACAAUCAACUUUUGCCAAAACGUUUCUUAGAAAAGUUCUACAGUGUUGUUGAUAAGUUUAUAGACAAGCAUAAAUACCGGGGGAUCAUGAAGUUAAGGAAUCAUGGCCCUGCUGUGCAAAUGGAUGUGAUGCACAAAGAUGGAAGAUUAUGGUACAGUGUGGAUAUGGUGCCUGCUGUUGAAACUCGCUGUAGUCAUGAUGUUCUAAGAUAUGUUGCCAAGCCCUUGGAUGAUGAUGAAGCCACUUGGAGACAGUCGUUUUCCAAAGAGGAAAAAAAAUUUCUGCAAAACCUAGACAAAAACAACAGCUGCCAUCGGCAGGUUUUACGCAUUUUAAAAACUCUAUGUAAACGUGAUUCGACAUUAAUGACGUUGAACUCAUAUCUUUUAAAAACUGUUUUAUUCCAUUCUGUUCAACAUUUGGAGUUAUCUUGGAGAAGCAGUGAUGUGGAGAAGAGAGUUUUUUCAAUGCUUGGUAUUAUUGAAAAUUAUAUUACGAAAAAGCGUUUACCCCAUUUUUAUCUACCAACAGUGAAUCUUAUACACGAUUUUGAGCCUCAGCAAGUUAGAUGUAUUUGUAACAGACUAAAAAACCUUCGAACGAAAGAAAAGAAGUUUAUGAAAGCUUUUGAAGUAGACAAAGAGAAAACUUGAGGGAAAGAUGUUUUUGUAUGAAUUAAUUCGUAAAAAAUUCGUACCUUGAGAUGUUGACUAAAUUAAAAUCCUAAAUAUAACCAAAUCCAUGCAAAAUUUUACCCGAAUUUUAUGGUGAAAGGAGGAGUGAAUUAUUUGUCAUAAUUAAGAUAAGGUUUUGUUGUUGUUUUUGCAGACCCACUGAUGGCUUUGUAGUAGAGUGUUUGCAUCACUGCCAAAGGUCUUGGGUUCAAACCCUGGUUGAGUUAUGCCAGAGGCUUUCAAAGUGUGAACCUAUCCUUUCUGCUUAGUACAGGAAUAAGAUUAAUAUCUUAGUGUUUUUCUAGCUGAGCAGCUGCUGUGCUAUCAGCUAAUGCACUGGGGCCCCCUUUGCAGGACCUUCAUUGAUAACAGUACUAUUAGAAAUUAAAGAGGCUAUCGGGGGUAAAUAAUAAAAAUGGAACUUGCAAAAGAAAUUUCCCCAAAAAAAUUAUUUAUACUAAAUAGCCCACUAUUUGACUAGAUGUGACUCAGAAAUACACCUAAAUAUUUAAAGUUUUAUUGGUCACCAGAUCUAUACAUCUUUGCCCCAAACCGCAAUUCAAUGUACGCAUUUCAUGAGCCACACCUUAUAAAAUUUUAUUUAUAUUUUUACAUCAAUUUUUUAAACAAGUUAAUAUUAUAAAUAUAUAAUAAAGUAUAAAUUUUUAUGUAAUCUUAUUUGGAGAAUUUUAUUUGAUUUCUAACUUA